UCAGAGCGGUCUGACCGUGUUCCGUGGUGGAUGGACCGGAUCAGCUGCUGGUCGAUGCUCGGGUCUCGGCGGAUCGUCGCGGGCCUGCAGCGACCCGGAGCGUAGCGCCGUGAGCCGGGACCGUGAAGCCUCGGUGUCUCGGUGUCUCGGUGUGUCGGUGUUCCUCCCCCCGGCAGCGGCAGCAGGUAGUAAACAGGCCGAAGUUGUGGUCCCGCACGGGCUGGAUGGCGGCGGCGGCCCGGGCCUGCUCGCCGGGAACCAGCUGCCCCGCCGCGGACAAGUAGAUGCGGCUCCCCGGCCGCUGGAGCCCCCUUAGUGGGAGGAUUCACGGGCUUGAUCCCCGUGGCCACAGCGGGGAGGACGCGGGCUUCACCUCCAGGUGGCAACCCUACCUCCGGGAGAGAUCUGUCAUGAAGGAGCACCAGGGCCACUGAGGGGGGGGCGGGCUCUUCCUGACCCAUCACUUCUGUCCCGGCGUCUGGUCCUCCCACAGCAGCUGCUGGACUGAUUUUGUGGAAGUGGGUCAGGUGCGCCACCAUGUCCCACCUCUGGAGAGACUGAUCUGGUGUUGGAUCACCAGGGCCCAGAUAUGGUUUCUGUAUGAUCUUGGGGUAAGUUUCACUGAGGUGCCCCCUGGUAGCCCCCCAUCAUCAUCAUCAUCAUCCUCCUCACCUGUGGAGCGGGUUUCGGCCGGAGCCGGUUCCCUGCAUGGCUCUCUGUGGAACCACGUCCACAAAUGUCUCAAAAAUGAUGGCAGCAUACAGCGGCGGCUCUUCGGCAGUGGCGGCCCACCACCACCAUCAGCUCCAGCACCUGCCGCCCCCCCACAUGCACCACCACCACCACCACCAUCACCAUGCGGGCCAGCACCACCUGCAGCACCCGGGCUCCGCUGCCGCCGUGCACACGGUGCAGCAGCACAGCUCCACGGCUGCAGCCGCGGCAGCCGCGGUGAUGCUCAACCCCGGCCAGCAGCAGCCCUACUUCCCCUCCCCGGCCCCCGGACAGGCCCCCGGGCCGGCGGCGGCGGCCGCACCUGCGCAGGUGCAGGCCGCCGCCAUCAAAACUCACCAUCAUCAGCACCACCACCAGCAGGGGGCGCACCACCUGCAGCAGCAGCUGGACGUGGAGCCGGACAGGCCCAUCGGAUACGGGGCGUUCGGGGUGGUCUGGUCGGUAACAGAUCCCAGGGAUGGAAAGAGAGUGGCCCUCAAAAAGAUGCCCAAUGUCUUCCAGAACCUCGUUUCCUGUAAGAGGGUCUUUCGGGAGCUGAAGAUGCUGUGUUUCUUCAAACAUGAAAAUGUGCUCUCUGCUCUCGACAUCCUACAACCGCCACACAUCGACUACUUUGAAGAAAUCUAUGUGGUGACGGAACUCAUGCAGAGCGACCUCCACAAGAUCAUCGUCUCACCUCAGCCUCUCAGCUCGGACCACGCCAAAGUUUUUCUCUACCAGAUUCUGAGAGGACUGAAGUACCUUCACUCUGCUGGGAUCCUCCACCGAGACAUCAAACCUGGCAACCUCCUGGUCAACAGCAACUGUGUUCUGAAGAUCUGUGACUUUGGCCUGGCCCGGGUGGAGGAGUCCGAUGAGUCUCGGCACAUGACUCAGGAGGUAGUGACUCAGUACUACCGGGCACCGGAGAUCCUGAUGGGGAGCCGCCACUACUCCAACUCCAUCGAUAUCUGGUCUGUAGGCUGCAUCUUUGCUGAGCUGCUGGGCCGACGCAUCCUCUUCCAGGCUCAGAGCCCCAUCCAACAGCUGGACUUGAUCACAGACCUUCUGGGGACCCCCUCCAUGGAGGCCAUGAGGACGGCGUGUGAAGGCGCUCGUGCACACAUUCUCAGAGCGGCUCACAAACAGCCAUCACUUCCUGUUCUGUACACACUGUCGAGCCAGGCCACCCAUGAAGCUGUGCACCUUCUCUGCAGGAUGCUGGUCUUUGACCCGUCAAAGAGGAUCUCAGCCAAGGAUGCCUUGGCCCACCCGUACCUGGACGAGGGUCGGCUGCGCUACCACACCUGCAUGUGUAAGUGCUGCUACACCACGUCGUCCGGCCGUGUUUACACCAGCGACUUCGAGCCCGUCACCAAUCCCAAGUUUGACGACGGCUUUGAGAAGAACCUGACCUCCGUGAGACAGGUGAAAGAAAUCAUCCAUCAGUUCAUCCUGGAGCAGCAGAAGGGGAGUCGAGUGCCGCUCUGCAUCAACCCUCAGUCAGCUGCUUUCAAGAGCUUCAUCAGCUCCACGGUGGCCCAGCCUUCUGAAAUGCCUCCAUCUCCGCUGGUGUGGGAAUAAGUGCUUCUGGGAAAUCGUCCUCUUUCCCGGCGGAGGAGCUGCGACACUGGGAACAAGACAUUACUGAUCACGGCUCAUCGCGGAUCAUCACGGUAGCAUUUCACUGGAGAGCAGGACUCACAGGUCUGCUGGCCUCCAGCGACCAGGAACCCUCACAAACGUUUUUAUGUGUUAGACGGUUUGACAAUGAAAGGUGCUCAGAAGAGCAGCUGAGAACGGCCUAAACCUUCAGAUGAAGUAUCUUUAUUUAAACAUAGAUAUAUAUAUAUAUAUAUAUUAGUGCUGUCAUGUUCUUCAGCAACAUUAACAUGGUCUCCUGUGUGUCAGUGGUUGAUCAAGCCGACCCCUCACCAUCACCACGCUUCCAGUUACGUACCGUUUCUGUUGCAGACUAUACACAUGCUUUUACAUCCUCUCGUAAGUCACUAUGAGGCGCCACCAGGUCAUCCUUUACCUUCACAGAGGUCUGCUGGAGUCCACCCCAGUUCUCUUCACGUGAAAGACCAGUUCCCAGGUGACCAGUCCAUCACCGGUCCACAUAUGGCACUUUUCCACUAGUACCUACUCACCUCGCCUCCACUCGGUUUGGUUCUUUCCCACCAGGGGUCUAACGUACCAAGUAAUUACUUUUUCUGUAACUAUUCUGCCGAGGUUCUAAGCUGCUGAGUCGGCUGUAUCUGACAUCAUCACACUACAGGCCACCGAUUGGUCGGGGGGUUGGAGUCAGACGUCUGAGUCAGGAGGAGGAAAUCAGAGAAAGAGACUCUGACGGAUUCUUGUUCAUUUUAUUCCAACAGCAACAGCAGCAAAAGUCUGUUUGGUGAUCCAACUCUGAGGUGCAGAUGUUUAUAAACCUGGUGCUGAGGAGAGAAUUAAAAAGGGAUCUAGACGGAGAUAAGGAACGACCAGAUCCACCAGGAGCUCUGUCUCUUCAUAGCUGCUCACGGCUCCAGCUGACUUUUCAGCAGCACCGAGACAAACUAACAAAAUUAAAGCGUAAACGCUUGAAGCUUCUCUCACUCUCAUUUUUUUUAACUAGAUAUCAAACACAAGUCACAGAUCCAGCAGCACAUCUAUCAUCUCCUCCAGGUUCUACAUCUUUAGUGUUGUCUUCUUCAUUUAGAUCACACAAUCAAAUACGUCUCAGCAGCUUUGCUCCAACCUCCUACUUCUGCUCCAGGUGCUGAAUUGUUAUGGAAAAGAAACCAGGCCGAGUAGAGAUGAGUAGAGCUGAGUAGGUAUUAGUGGAAAAGCGCCAAUAGAGACAAACACCCAACGCACACUCUCAGCUGAUUUAGACUCAGCAGUCAACCUGACGCUCAUGUUUCUGCGGGAUGAAACCAGAGUAGCUGGAGAAAACCCUCAGAAGCUCCGGGAGAACAUGGACGAUCCUGCUGGGAGUCCAACCAGGAACCAGCUAGAUGUGGGGUAGCAGAGCACCAGGCCCUCACACCAGCCUCAACGGCCAGAGUUAGGAGAAAUACAGUGAGCAUCUCUAAUGUAGACCCCAAAGAAAAACAUCUAAGAACGUCACUGAGAAGAGCUGAAGUUAGGACGUCUGUGUUGAGAUCUGAGGGGGUUCCUUGAAAGGUUUUUCAUGUAAAUGUCCGUGGAAACGGGGCCUCAGUGAUGUCCCUCGGCGUCGCCCAGACACACGAACACCUGCAACCACAGUUACGGAAGCUCCAGUCUGGAACCGCGUGGAACCUCUUGAAGGGAAGGCUCGGCUGCUGAGUUUAAAGUUCUGUUUAAAGAUGUGAUGUUGGUCAGGUUUGAACAGACCAACAGAUAAAAGGCUUUUCACUCGUGAUGAA